CUGUGUCGUUGCAAGUUGCACUCGUGGUCGUGGCGCGUGCAUUCCGCGUAGGCACAUUCUCCGACACCGUUUACCGUAGGCCUUGGGAGAAAUGUGCCCUCCUAGCGGACCAUUUUACCGGGUAGCGGGCAUGUCCUACGUGCGGUACGCCAACCUAUGCGCGGACUACCUCCGGGCUGUGAUGAAGGAGCCAUUUAAGAGCAAGGCGCUCCAACGUGAGACCGUAUACUUCCGUUCUUCGCCGAUUGCAGAUGGCAAGCAGGGCGCCUCAAACGUUGUGGAUGCCAAGGGUAUGCCCAAGCCCACCAGCUCGUAAGCCUGGCUCUCUGGGAUCGCUCCAAUGCACCGCUCAAAAGCCGAGCUGUGCAAACAGAUGGGGCCCGGGGAUGGGUGGGGAGCGGGGUCCCCUGGCGCUGCCGGCAGCGUGAGUGGUGUCGCAGGUGUGCCGGGCUGCUUAGGGGAGCCGGCUGGAAGCGGUUCUGUUUGGGCGAUUUGCUGAUGGGGUAUGGCGUCGGCGAUAGGGAGCCGAGGGGACCGGCUAAAUUAGCUGUUGGAAGGUGUGAGUGCGCCAACCUGGUGGUUUGGGCGGACGUAAACCAGUUUUGCAGAGGACGGGGUGCGCCGGUGUAACUGCAUAUUCCUCGUGUAAUCAAGGACUUCUUGCAUCCUGCGUGCUGGUUGCCUAGUAUGUGUGGGUGCACCAUCCGGGUCGGCAGAACAGCCCCCAGGGUGAGUCGAGGCUUUGGUUAAGGAACAGGCGUGGCGGCGUGCGGCAUUGCCACCACGGAUAGGAUCACAAUUGAGGCGCUUGCGGCAGCUUAUUCUCUCGGGCUAAGAUGCCCGCAGCAGGGGGACCUGUUUAAAAGCCAGCCUAAAUGAACCCUGUAAGUUUUCACUUAAACGAAUGCUGGAUGUUGAUCGAGGGCAUCAGAUGUAGCGUUCCACACCGCUAACCGGAUACAAGAACAGCCAUCAAGUUUACCGACAAUCCCUCUCAAACUUCACCAAAUUCCCGGAUCACAGCGCAUACUCCCCAUAGCGCCUGGAUGCAGAGGCUGUCUGCCCGGUCGUUCGGAGUGUCCAGCGCAAUGCCUGUCCGGCUUAAUAAAUUACUCAUCCAGUGUUCCGCACUGUACCGCACCGUUGUACAUGUUCCGGCCUCUUGCGAUGUGCAAGCUGUACAACUCCAAUCCCCCAAAGCAAGCCGCUGAGAGCUUCGCCUCCACAACCGGGACAUUGCACCUCCUGUCCCCCGCCUAACUGCCUAUACCGAAACCAUCCUGGAUUGCCUUGCACGAUAUCAUAUAACCACUCGUGCCGUGGCAGCCACCGGAAAGCUCAGCAGGUCUCUGAUCAUCCAUCAGCUCGUUACGGAACACACUGUGUCGGACUGCUCGGACACGAAUGCAGCUCCCAAACAGCUUCACAGCGAAAUAGCCUCUUCUCGGCCAGACCAAAGCUCUGUACCAAUAUCCCACUUCAUUGUGAAGAACUAAUCGCAAAGAGCCAGGUAGUGCUACGGCAGGUCUAAUCCUCU